AUGAACACCUCGUCAGAGCCCUGCAACAUCUCCGACUGGCUGAGGCUAGAAGCAACGGUGAAAGCCUCUGUGUUCGUGGUGGCUUUCUCCUUUGCCACGUCCACCACGGCCAUCAUCAUGGCCAUCGUGUUGCACGAUCUGAAACUGCAGACGGAGAUCCGGUAUAUUCUCUUAUGCCACCAUCUCCUGUGCAUCUCCUCCUACUGCGGCCUGGGCAUUGUUUUCCAGGGGAUGCGGGCACUGCAGGCCAACAGCCCUCUGCUGAUCUGCUGGGUGGUGUUCGGCAUCCAGCUAAGUGCUGGGGAAGGGAUUCUCUUCACCUUGGCCUUGAUGACUCUCAACACCUACCUGGCGAUUUGCUGGCCUUUGAGAUCUCUGGUCCUGGUGGAUUCGGUUAAGUACAGGAUUCUAGCUGGGAUGUGGACCAUCAUCAUCCUCAAGAAUGUUAGCUUAUUUCUCAUAGACGGCAUGAGAAGUUCUCCAGUGGCCAUUCUGAAAUCAGAGCCCGUUUGCCCUCUGACCUUGAAUGGCACAGUGUCCAGAGUCAUUGGCAUGGUUUUCUUUUGCCUUCCCCUGUCUGUCAUCUUUAUCAGCUACUCUCUGAUCUACCAAGAAGGGAAACGGGCCGGGCAUUUUAAUAGGUCGAAUGUCAAAGCCAGGAAAACUGUUCUUAUUCACUUAGUGCAGAUGGUCCUACAUGUUGUACCAACCCUGGUGAUCAUAGGCUUGGGGAAGGCAUGCGGGACCUUUUCCUUUGCUUUAAAUAUGGUGCUGUUUGCCCUCUUUGCACUGGCCCAGUGCUUUAACCCCCUGAUCUAUGGGCUCCAGAACCGAGAGCUGCAGAGCAGGCUCUGCCAUUGGCUGUGCUGUGAUCACAUGGUCAACAGCAGAGCGCCCAUUGAAACAGAUACACCAGCGCUGCGAGUCCAUAACUCUAGUCCGCUGCGAGUCCAUAACUCUAGUCCGAGUGGACACAUCAGGUAG